UGUCAGUGUCCUUAGACCUUAUCAGGAAAUUAUUGAAGUAUGUGACUUGUAAAAACCAUUUCGUUAAAUAUAAUUCUAGUGCACCCAAUUACGGCAUUUUAUCUUUCCAAGCUUUUCUUUUUCCGUCAUUUGUAUGCAUACUUGUAAUAUGUGGAGUUCUAGAAUUUCCGAAGCAUUUUCGACGGAAUGAAAAUAUCUAAUAUCAUGAGUAUGGAGGACUUUAGUGGUUUACACGAAAUACCGAAACAAAAAGACCACAUCAACCACCAUAAUCAUUCAUCGGAAACAGAAAAAGUAGGCACUGAUCCAAAUUUUAAACGAGUUAUAGUUUGGAAAAAUGCAAUAGGAUUUCUUAUGAUUCACCUGGUGGCUUUAUAUGGAUUAUUUUUAUUGCUUACAUUUCGAAUAAAAUUUUUCACAUUCCUUUGGGCUUUCGUCAUUCUUCUAAUGUCUGGAGAGGGAAUUACAAUGGGUGCUCACAGGUACUAUUCACACAAAACAUUUAAAGCCUCCUUUGGUCUGAGACUCAUUUUGAUGAUAUGUCAAACAAUGGCUGGUCAGAAUUGCAUGUACGUAUGGGUAAGGGAUCACAGAUUACACCAUAAAUAUACCGAUACAGACGCAGAUCCCCACAAUGCACACAGAGGAUUCUUUUUCUCACAUAUGGGAUGGUUAAUGAGCAGGAAACAUCCUCUAGUUAAAGAAAAAGGAAAAAAUAUUGAUAUGUCUGAUUUAGAAGCCGAUCCAUUAGUUAGGAUCCAAAGGGACUGGUACACUAUACUUUACAUUUCUAUAGCAAUCGUGUUUCCCGUCACUGUCCCCAUAUAUUUUUGGAAAGAGACCUUUUGGAACAGUGUCUUGAUAUGUUAUUUUCUAAGAAAUGUCAUGGUAUUAAACCAAACAUGGACUGUUAAUAGCUUAGCUCAUAUAUGGGGAAAUAAACCUUUCGAUAAAAAUAUAUUACCAAGCGAAAACUCAGUUGUGUCCUUUCUAACAGCUGGUGAAGGUUGGCACAAUUUCCAUCACACGUUUCCAUGGGAUUACAGAGCAUCUGAAUAUGGAACUAAAUAUACACUAACUACAUCGUUAAUAGAACUUGCAAAAAGAGUAGGCAUGGCUCAAGAUUUAAAACUCGCUCCAAACACAAUGAUAAUACAAAGAAGUUUAAGGACUGGAGACGGAACACCCAUUCAUACUACUAGUCAAGCAAACGGGUGAGUAGA